CUGCACCAGUGAUGGCAUCAGUGUCUUAGAACCCGCAUGCCAGAUCAACCAACGGCCUGUCUCCCACGAAGACUGGGUAGUUCCCGCCUCGGCCGCUGCCCGAGCUGACAUGACGGACAGUCCGUCCAACGGCCUCGGCAAGCUGCUGCCCAAGGCCAUCACAUCAAAGCGCCGGCGCAACAAGGCGUCGUCGGCCGCCGAUGCCGCGAGCAGCAACGAUGAUGUGGUGGCGGCGCAGAAGGGCGGCGACCCCGGCAAUGACGCACGAAGCGACGCCCGCUCGCUGAGCGGAAGCACAACCAGCGCGGCAAGCCGCCGCAGCAACCACAACAACGACAGCAACGAAAAUCCCGAUGGCUCGGAUUCAGAAUCCUCACACCGCCGGCCCACCGCCUUCUCCGCCAACCAGUCCCAGAUCGACGACCCGACGACAUCAUCGCCCCUUGUACAGGUUACCCACAAUCCCGAACCCCUUGACUCGAACACCACUUCCAAGCAGCCCGAGCGGUCCUCUACGGUACCCAACGGAAGCAGCGACAGCCUCGAAUCUGCUCCGUCGCUUGGAAGGGGCCGGUCUGCUCUCGAGGCUCCCCAACUCCACCCCAAGCGGUCUGCAUCGUCCAGCCGGCUACGAGACGUCUUCCGGUCUAAAAAGAGCUCGGCCGACGAGAAGUCCCCGGCUCCCGGGAUCCAAGCCGAAGCCGAACCCAAGGCCUCCGUCGACCGCCGCCGGCGCCUCUCCCGGGGCCAGAAGCUAGAGCCGCUCCGAGCGCCGCCUCGGACACCGCCAGGCGAGCCACCUACGCCAGUGAUUGUGAACACGCCGCCGACGCCGACCGAUCCCGAGCCGGGUGACGGCAAACUGCGUCGCCCCCCGGAUGCUGUCCUUACGGGGAGUAUGAUCACCCAACGACGGAGGGCAGGCUCCGGUGCUGGCCCAAGCAAGCUGUCCACCGUUGCAGCCCCACCGCUCACCCCGACGCCCGAAAAUGGCCCGGCGUCACCAAGCAAUCCUGCUAGCACCUUCUUCUCGUCCAUGUUUUCAGCCGUCCAGAACACGGCAAGCUCGCUCAGCACAACGAUACCAUCUUUGACACAGGGCGCCGGCAAGAACAAGGGCACACCGGGAAAGGAAGUAAAGGCAGAAGACGAUCCGGAAGCGCACAGCGUCGAGGUGGAGUCGGUUGCUCCUCAACGACCGUCCACCGAGCCCAAGGAGCCCGCCGUCAAGACAUUAGGCAUGGGUGACCUCAGCCUCAGCCACCUAGGCAUCGUGGAGGCGCCAAGUGCUGCGCCAAGUCCGGUCGCGACUCGCUUCGCAGAGACUGAAACACGCACGCGGUCCGAAUCCGCGCCCGUGGACCCCCAUGCAGCCGGCAUCGACCUCGCCGAAGACAUUCGGCCGCGGUCGGUCUACGAGGCGGUCGGCGGCGAACGGACACCGCCGGCCGGCAGUGUGUACGAGGGCAAGACGGGGAUCCACCGCAGCGGCAGCAUCCGCAGCGCUAUCGGCCACCGCAGGAACCGCGGCAGCAGCAUCGCCACGCACGCAACGACGGCCACGAGCACGAUCGGCGCUGCUAUCGCCGCUGCCAAUGCGUCGCUUGUCAACCCGGCCGCCACCGUCGGCGCACCGAAGCUGACCGGCUUUGCCGUUGCCAACAAGAAGCGCAACCGCGACUUCCACGCGCUGUUCAAGAGCGUGCCGGACGACGACUACCUGAUUGAGGACUACAGCUGUGCCCUCCAACGCGAGAUCCUCGCGCACGGCCGCUUGUACGUUUCCGAAGGCCACCUGUGCUUCAGCAGCAACAUCCUGGGCUGGGUGACCACGCUCGUGAUGAGCUUCGACGAGAUCGUCUCGGUCGAGAAGCGGAGCACUGCCUUGGUGUUCAAGAACGGUCUCGAGAUCUCCACGCUGCAUGCCAAGCACAUCUUCGCCUCGUUCGCUAGCCGCGACACCACGUACGACCUCAUCAUCAAGAUCUGGAAGCUGGGCCACCCCCACCUUCAGAGCUCGCUCAACGGCGUCCGCCUGGAGGAGCCCGGCGGCGACCGGACCGAGAAGGUCGACGUGGAGUCUGUGUCCGCAGUGGGCAGCCACAGCAUUUCGGGGUCCGACGACGAAGAGAGCGAUGAAGGUGAUGACGUCUACGACGAGGACGAAGACGAAGGCGAGUCGCACGCUGCCGGGCCGCCGUCCGAUGGCCUGGUUGCCGAAGUGGCCGAGAAGGCUGCCCCGCGUAAGGUGUCGGGCGCCGUGGCGCCGCCGGAAAAGCUCGAUGACGGCGCCCCGGCCGGUGGCGCCGACUUCCCUGGUCCUGCAACCCACGCGCCCACAGACUGCGGGGAUGCGGCUACGCACUUUGAGAAGGUGUUGGGCGACGAGGUCAUCCCUGCGCCGUUAGGGAAAGUGUAUACUCUCAUGUUCGGGCCUGCAUCUGCUGCCUGGAUGGGACGCUGGCUCACGGGCGACCAAAAGUGCACCGACCUCCAGAUGGAGGAUAAGCGGGGCCUGACGGAGGAGGUCAGGACGCGCACCUUCUCGUACGUCAAGCCUCUGAAUGCUUCGAUAGGGCCGAAGCAGACAAAGUGCAUAGUGACGGAGCAGCUCGAGCACAUCGACCUCGAGAAGGCAGUCAAUGUCCUCGUCAGCACCCAAAAUCCAGACGUGCCCAACGGCAACAUCUUUGUCGUCAAGACGAAGUACUGCCUGACAUGGGCCGAAAACAAUGGCACGCGGAUCCAGGUCAACAACGUUAUCGAAUGGUCCGGCAAGAGCUGGAUCAAGGGUGCAAUCGAACGAGGCGCAAACGAAGGACAGGCACAGUACUGCAAGGACAUCUUUGCAGCGCUCAAAGCAGCCGUGUCGUCCCGCGCGCGCUCUGGCACGCUCAAUGGCGCCGCCGGCGGCCGCGGCGGCAAGAGGCGCAGCCGCAAGAACAAGUCCCAGCUGGCCUCCCAUCCAACCAGCGACGCCGAGGGCGCCGCCAAGGUCUCCGCCGAGCAGGGUUGGGGCUUGUUCGAGCCCGCCCGCCCGCUCCUCGGCCCCGUCGUCGACGCAGUCCGGCCCAUCCUCACCGGCAACGUGGUCUACGGCAUCCUCGUCGGCCUGCUCGUCGCCUCGUGGUUCGGCUUCGGCGCGCGCCAGCCCGGCGUCCCGCGCUACACGCACGACCCGGUCUUCGCCAGCGCGCCGCAGCGCCUGGCCGCGUACGAGGAGAUGUGGCGCCGCGAGGAGAGCGACCUGUGGGCCUGGAUCGAGGAGCGCGUCGGCCUGGAGCGCCUCGGCGCGGACCCGGCGCUGCGCAAGCGCGCCGUCGACCCGCGCACCGUGGAGGAGCGGCUCCGGCAGGAGAGGAUGGACGAGCGCGAGCUGAGGGAGGCGAUCCACGUGACGGAGGAGCAUCUCGAGGUGUUGAAGGCGGUGAUGGAUCGGAAGGGAGCUGAGCGGGACAGGUGAUACGGAAGUGAUUGUUGAUGCGACGUCCCAACUCGUUGCAUGCAGGCAGGCAGGUUGGCUGGCUGGCUGGCGCUAUGGUCUAUCCCUUUUGUUUUCAUUUGUAUCAAACAGGCUGCGGGGAAAGGUGUUCAGUGUGCAUAAGCGGCUGGGAAUAUUUGAUUUUUAUUUGAGCGUCUCCAGACUGGCGUCCGGAAUGAUAACUUUAUUCCGAGUGAUCCGGGCUUCGCUGGCGAGUUGAGCGAGAGUGAGGUGUAGAUUGUCAGCGCAAGCAGCCAUGGACUGCACUGAAACUGAUGCAGGCAGUUCA